CCGGAUAAAGAGCCAAUCGACAGCAAGGUGGUGGGUAAAGCUACUGCUUUCGAAAAGGUGCAAGGUCGAGGCUGAAGCAAAGUCACUGAAAGUGAGAACGGACAUUGAGGUUAAGCCUACGGAACCUACAGAGCUGAAAGAUGAUGCUGUAUCUGUAUCUGAGGCGGACAUUUCAACAAAGCCGGAGGUGGGCGAAAGUGCUCAGGACUCUGCUGUUAAGGUGGAAAGCAUCGAGGCCAAGACAAGGCUAGAAACAGAUGCCAUCUCUGAAGCCGAGGGUAGCCUAGAGACCCAGAAUAAGUCAAACAGCCAUGCCGUCCUACAAUCGGUACUUGAACAGCCACAGGUUCAGGAGAAGUCCCAGGCGGCAGCCAGCAUUAAAGAUGCAGUGCUGCAGGAGAGCAUCAAGCUGACUGUGGAGGAGUCGAUCACGUCCAGGCCAGCCGAUGAGGUUUCCGCAGAGCCUGAGAGAUCAAAAAUAGCACCAGGUACUCCCCAUUUGCCCAAUCCCGAUGCAGUGGUCAAACUUCUGGCCAAUGAGCUGUCGCAUUUUAGUGGCGACAAAGAUCACAACAAGCGGCACAUCCAAAGCCUACGUCGUCGCUGGUCUCCCAGGAAAAACCGGCGCUCCAAACGGUUCAUCGGAGAAGAGCAGCAGCCCCCGGAAUGCCCCGAGAGAACCAAGCGCAUGGCUGCUCCUCAGCUGUACGACCUGGAGGACCACAAUGGGAAUCACUUGCAUUUUGGAGACCUUGGAAGUGGCCUUCUUAUGUCCGAUGUCGAGGAAGAGACCGAUCCUUACGGAGAGGACGAGGCCAGUCUCUAUGAUGCUUCUAGCGUUCAGGUGCCCAUGAUGAAUCAGCGAGCUAAUGGAGUCUACCAGUUAACGCAGCAGCCUCUGCAGAUACCACAGCAACAGCAGCCGCAGCAACAACAGCAGCAGCAACAGCAGCAGCAGCAGCAGCAACAACAGCAGCAACAGCAGCAGCAACAGCAGCCGCAACAGCUACAGCAACCCUCCAAUUUCAAGGCCAGCUUCAAUUUGACUAACUUUUUUAAUGAGCUUCAGAAGCUGCAAAAGAAUCGUCCGCUUCAGCUGCAAGAGAAUCGUCCAGCGCAGCAGCAGCAACAACAACAACUGCAGCAGCAACAGCAGCAGUCACCGAUUCAGCAUCAAUAUCUGCCACAACAGCAACACUUUCCACAGAAGCCAUAUCUGCCAAAACAGCAAUACCUGCCACCUCAGCAACAGGCACCUCUACAGACCCAGCAAAAGCAGCUGAUAGCGCCGCCGCUAAUGAAGCAAUCCGCAGUCCAUCGAUACUUUGGUCCUUUCUUUAACAAGCAGGUCAAGAACAACAUGUUGUCCACAGUGGAUCCACUGACGCGGCCCUCAGUGUCCAUAACCAUUGAUCCCAAUUGCAUAUCAAUUACAACGCCCGUCCCCAACAUGAUGACGGAGUCGACUACACCAGGUUUUGGUGGAAACAAAACGAGUAUUCCAUCCAUGACGAAUACUACCGAUACGUCAACGAAUGCAACGGACUCAGGAGGGGCUGAUCAGGGUAAAACUUCUGGACCUGCUGUGCCGACCGGCGAUGUCUGCUAUAAACCAGAUGCCCUGAGGUUGAACGUGUCCAUCAACGCGAUCGUGUGCGGGGAUCCAAAGACAAAACAGUUCUAUGGCAACGGAUCAAUCAACAUGCAGCCAGCCUUCGAUCAGAUGAACACCGACUUGAUGCUUGAUUGGGCGGAUUCGGCGGAUUCGGCAGAGCACGGGAGUGACGAUACUUUAAUGCAGAAUGAUGAUCGAUAUGCACGCGAAGCGGGUAGAAAUUGGAGGGAUAAUACCGGCCACAGAAGGAAUAAUAGGUGGGGCAAAGAGAAGUCCAAGGGGAAAAAGGAGUACAAGCCAGAAUCGAGCAAAUGUAGUGGAAAUGCCGAAUUCUGUGAUGACAGCUUGGAGAAGCUUAUAACUGGCAAAACGUCGGAGAACAUGUAGUAGUUUAAGUUGCUUGAUGGCAACGAGUAACAUUUAUUUAAUAAGUAUGUUGGACU